AAGGGUAUAGACUAGUGGUGUCAAUUAACCGCUUGAGCAUUAACCGGUUAACCGGGGUUUUUUACCGGUUAAAGUCGGUUAACCGGCGGGAAAUUUGAACUGAUAAUUUCAAAUGAAAUCUUCAUCUUCGAUCUUGAAAGUUGAAACAAAUUGGAAAAAUGAUAUAUCGGCGUUUAUUUUUUACGUUCGUCAAGCUUUACUCUAUUCUAUGUAAGUAAGGGCGGGAAAGCAAUGUGGCAGGGAUUAAAGUUGCUGAUUGGAUGUUUGUAAGGAAUUAUCGGACCUAUCACAUGUAUGAGUAGCUCACAUGAAACUGACGCUUGAAAAACAAACAGAUUAAAAUGCAAAGUAAGCGCGGGAAAGCAAUAUGGCAGGGAUUAAAGUUGCUGAUUGGAUGUUUGUAAGGAGGUAUAGGACUUAUGACAUGUAUGAGUAGCUUACGUGAAACUGACACCAUAAAACCAAACGGAUUAGCAUGCAAAAUAAGCGCAGGAAAUCACAGAAUUAUACACGGUCAACUAACCGCCCAUUAAAACACAGACCGGUCAAGGCAUUAUCGGCGGUUAACCGGUUAACCGGUUAAUACUUGACACCUCUAGUAUAGACACUUGAAAAGGCCAUUUUCGCACUACUUUUGGUGUAAUAAUUCAAUAGAAAAGUAUCCUGUCUGUCCAUCCAUUCUUCUGUCUGGGUGAUAACUUUGAUACUGAAUGAUCAAUGCAGAAGUAUUUUCCAAAUACAGUAAAACCUGUGUAUAGUGAAGAAUGUAUGCUUUGGAUUUGAAGACAGUCUACCUGACAGCUUUUUAAAAUUAGGAGUUUAAUUGAUUCAAAAGUUCUGUUCAAAUUAAGGACCCACAGUUGUUUUUUUUUAUAAAAAGUUGAUGUUUUUUUUAAAUACUACUAGGUUGCUACAAUAUUAUAUGCUGAAUAUUUGCCAAAAUGAGACAAUUCUACUUUCUGGUUAUUUCUGUUAUGAAAGGUUUAAAAUGAGGAAUGAUUCAAUAGAAAAUGUUUUGUUCAUUGGGAUGGCUAUUUUAUAUCUUUUAGCACUGAGAGUUUUUCUACUUCUCUUACAUUUGCCAUUUAUUACAUACGUCAGUUGAUAACAUAAAUAUGUCAGUUAGUUGAUUACAAGCAAUAAAAGAAAUGAUUGAAGUUGUGAGAUUACAAUAUGGAAGAUUUUUUAAAAUUUUAACUGCAGUUAAAACCAGAAGCUGUGAAUUAUGUGGUUGAUACAAGCAUUGUUGAUGAUUCUCUUCUACCAGGAGUCUGAAGCCAGGAAGAAUGUUCUGUUUAUUGUCUCAGAUGACCUGAGGCCUGAGAUAGCAGCACUGUACGAUAAUGGGGCAUAUAGACAAAUGCAUGACAAGAUGUAUACACCCCAUCUGGACGCUUUCACUGAACAGAGUGCUGUAUUCAAGAAAGCCUACGUACAGCAAGCUCUCUGCAGCCCGAGCCGUUCCUCAUUUAUGACUGGUCGACGUCCUGAUACAACAUUGGUUUACAACCUUAAUGACUAUUUCAGAGAUGUCGGGGGAGAUUUCACAACUAUCCCACAGUAUUUUAAGCAACAAGGCUAUCGUACACUUGGCAUGGGGAAGAUCUUUCAUCCUGGGUCUGCUGGUGGAUAUGACGACCCUCCAUCAUGGUCAGAUGAUGAACCAUACUAUCACUCACCUAGUGAUUUAAACUAUUGGAUGCCCAAACAAUUCGAAAAAACCUGGGGUGCCAUCAAUCAAUCUUUGGAACAGGAGCAUCCUUUGGGCGACCAGGAAUUAACUGAUAAUGCGAUAACAACUUUGAGACGUCUCGCACCUAAGGCUAUCAAUGGAGAAGAAAACUUCUUUAUGGCUAUGGGGUUCAGGUUGCCUCAUUUGCCAUUCAUAUUCCCUGAAAGAUACUUCGAGUAUUAUCCUUUGAGUGACAUUAAACAGCCUUCUAACCCAUAUGUCCCACAAAACAUGCCAGAGUAUGCUUGGUCUUAUAAUCGGGAAAUACUUAGAUAUACUGAUAUCGGUGAUUUGGGUCUGUCAGGUAGCCCCAAUGCCACAUGGCCAAAUGAACUGGUUCUAGAUCUCCGCAGGGCAUACUAUGCUUCCAUCAGCUAUGUUGAUGACUUAUUUGGCCAGGUGAUGGAAGAGGUUGAUGCAUUAGGUCUUCGGAACAACACAAUUGUGAUGUUUGGUAGUGAUCAUGGCUGGAAUUUGUAUGAACACACAGCCUGGGGUAAAGGAGAUAACUUUGAACUGUCUACUCGGGCUACAUUAAUGUUCCGUGCCCCUGGCCUUACAGAUCAAGGUUUGGUGUCGAACCACCUUGUAGAAUUUGCAGAUGUUUACUCCACCCUGGUUGAGCUAGCUGAGCUCCCAGCUGUCCCCCUUUGUCCACUAAUUGGCCCCAUCCCACAAGCCUGCACUGAAGGUACAAGCCUUGUGUCCUUGAUGAGCAACCCAAGUCAUCCUGGCAAGACAAAUGUUUUCAUGCAGUACCUCCGUGACAGUACUGACUUUGGGCCAUUAAUGGGGUACAGUAUGCGUACAGAAAGAUACAGGUAUACUGAAUGGGUGUACUUCGACUCGAUCAUUUCCAUUCCUGAUUGGGACCUAAUGUUUGCAAAUGAGCUCUAUGACCACUAUAUCGACCCUGAUGAGAAUGUGAAUCUUGCGGAUGAUGAGGAUUAUUUUAUUUUAGUGGCGCUGUUGAGUGAUGAGUUACAGCUUGGAUGGCGAGCAGCUUUGCCUGAUUAUUAAUACUAUAGAAAUUUGAUGGAAGAGUAUAUGUCAAUAAAAUUCAAAUUUCAAAUCUUCUAAAAAUUUGUUGCAUGUUUUGAUAAUAGGAGAGAUCUUUUUUCUUAUUUUGAGAAGUUGGCCAAAUAUCAAAGAGUUCAUUUUCAUUUGUUCAAAAUCUCGAUAAAAAAUUUCAAAAAGGUCAUUUUGAUUUGUUAAAAAUUGUUAGAGAUCUCGAUAUAUGGCAUUUUUAAAUAAAAUUGCCAAAUAUUAAAAUAAGUUUUUGCUAAUGUUGGAAUGUGUUUUAUUACAUUUGCAGACUUGCCAACCUCCCGUUUUUUUACGGGAAUCUCCCGUACAUUUUUUGUUCUUCCGUAAAAAAUACCAAACUCACCGUUUUCUCCUGUAAAAACUCCCGUAAACUCUCGUACCGUAUUUCUACUAAAAUCUCCCGUAAUUUUUUGUAAAAAUAUGGCCGUAAAAUCUCCCGUAUUCUGGUAUAACUCCCGUAAAAUCUCCCGUAUUCUUGGUAUAACUCUAGUAAAAUCUCCCAUUUUCUGGUAUUACUCCCGUAAAAUCUCCCGUAUUCUUGGUAUAACUCCCAUAAAAUCUCCAUUUUUUGCUGUCGAAAUCUACCGUAUUUAAAAGGAAUUUGACAAAUUUGUGACCUUGAUUAUUGCGGGCACGCUUCUUUCUUUUACUCCAAGAAGGAUUGGCUCCCAUAGUUCACUAUUGAUACUUUCAUAAAUAACUUAAAAGUACUUCAUUCCCAUGAUUCAAAUUGCUUUUCUGCGAUCAGUUUGGUAUAAGUUUGCACACCAAAUGUCCACAAACGGGGGCCAGUUCAUAUUCUGUCAUACUUCUGUCGGGAGAAUACAUUUUGUUUUUAUAUGGCACUAAACAAAAUAUUCCCGCAAUAAAAUAAUGAACUUAAGUGACAUCUAUCUUAGAU